AUGACGCCAGGUGCGCCAUCGGAUGGCAAGGACCUGCUGACCGGGUCUUCCAAGACCAACAUGAACCUGGCAGUGCUGCGUCGGAACACAGAAGACGUGAGCAUGUCUCUGGACAAGUUGCUGCAGACGCUGCAGUUUCAGCCCAACACCGUCCAGUGGGGGGCCAUGCUGGACGAGUUCUCCGUGGCCAACAUGAAGCUAGCGAAGGUCAGGGAGCAGCUGCGGCCGAUGCUGAAGCACUACGCUGUCCACCCCACGACGCUCACGCAGCAGAACGCUGAAGUGGUGCCGCUCCUCCUGGCCACCAAGCUCCUUCCCGAAAUGGAGGAAGAGGAGGCGAGGAUUCUGGGCGAGCACGGCGGCGCGGCCGCGAGCUCCACUGUGGAAGGCGGCCAGUUUUUGCAGCUUCAGGAGAAGAUGGACAACCUGAACGGCAUCGUGUUGUUCCUGACAAGGGCGCAGGAGGAAGCCAACUCGGGGCUGCUGGACCCCAGGGGGACCGUCAGGUCGAAGAUGAAGGACGAGUCCCUGAAGCUUGGCAAGGCGAUCGACAAGGUGAGGGAGAGGCUGCAGGCGGCGAGGGGAGGGGUCAUCCUCGGGCAGCGGCACGCCAGGGGGAGGGGCGCCGCCAGGGGGGGCUCCAGGAGCGGCAGGAGCAAGAGCCAGUCUGACGUCAUGCUGGCUGCCAUGCUAACGGGAGAGGGCUUGAGGGAAGAGCAGAGGAGGAGAUGGGAGGGAAGGGGGGAGGAGGAGGAGGAUAUUAGGGGGGCCCGCUGA